UGGUUACAGUGCCGGUUCUCGAGAGGAAUGUGGUAGAUCGUGCAAGGAAACUCAAUCCAUGUUAAGCAAGAUGGCUAGCAUCACAACUGGAGAAUUAUCUGAUUCCGGAAGCACUGGCUCGGGACGUCGUCUUCCGCUCCCCCUGAGCAUAAAGGAAGUGGAAGCUACAACGGAGGACCCAGAAGCUCCAGCCAAAAAGAAAGAAGUCCAAGAGACCAAGAAGGAAGCUACCGCUGAAUUUAUAACUCCCGGUCGUCAACCAGAUGCUGACGUCGCCGACGGUGUCGUUGAUAUUAUCACAGAACUUGGCACACCAACUAAGGAUCGCAAAUGCACUCGCAAGUCGGGAAGCCAACAAAAGUCUCCCAUCAGCAAGUCGAUCCACGCUUCGCCAUCCCAGAAUAAGGAAACCGAAGCAGUUCCAUCUACAUCUGCUGGCUCUUUGACUCCACAGGCGGAUGUGGACAUGGAACCGCUUCAAGUGGAUGCCUCCCCGAUACGCAACGUUCAUGGGAAUUUGAAUGUCUUACCGGCGGCCACAUCCACGCCCGGACGCAGUCUCUUUAGCUUCCGCGGCAGCAGCAAGCAGACCACCGAGGUGGAUCUAACCGCCCAGACAUCUGGCUCUCCGGCAGGAACUCCGGCCCGCACCUUUGCCCAGAUCAGCGGCAGGCGCAGCAUACGACCCAUCGAUUCGCUGACACCCUCCAAAGUGGGCACCUACAGGAGUGGCAACAGCGACCUGGACACCUCGAGUUGCUCAAAUGCCAGCAUGAACGCUACCUUGGGAUCGGAGAUUCCCAACAGCUCGAACUUUUCGUUCUCAUUCUUUGGCCGUGGUCGUAAACGCGACCGUACUCCCCCACCACUUUCGGCGUCUCAGUCGACUAAUGAUCUGGGACAAGACGUGGAAAUGUCGCCGCCAAAACGCGCCCGAUUCGAUUUGUUCAGCCUGAACCUGGCCUCGCCCUUCAGUAUGUUGCGCUCGAGGUUCUCCAAGACUUCAAUUAGUUCUCCUGCCCGUCUGCGUCUGGAUCUGAACGGUUCCGGCGUGGAGGAGCAACUGGCACACACGUCUUCGAGCAGCGUACCGGAAGAAGUUGAGCUGGAGGAGGAGCAACGGCCCACCGAGAAUGUGACCGUGGAGCAGGAGGCCGGUCUGGAGACGCCCACGGAGGGCGGCUCGACCAAUAAUGAAAUCCCCGCCGAGAGGAAUGUCGAGGGUAGGAACGUCGAUGGCAGAGAUGUUGAUGAUACAUCCGACGGGGAGAACAUUUCCCCCGAUGUUGAGGUCGACGAUGUGGCCGGAGCCGAGGCCAAAUCCCGCUGCUCAAUUAUGUAAUAGGACAAACAAACCCUUCCAUUAGCUGAUAAGUUUACGAUUUUUUUGUGAAAUUUAUGUUUAGAGGAAAAUAACUGCCGUCACGAACUUUGAUAGCCAGGCCUGGAUUGGUAUUUUUUCAACAAGAAAACCUUUACCAGGCCUCAGGACCUAACCAACAAGGCAGAGAUUCCUUGCUGAUUGGCUUCUCCAUGCUAAUUCGCAAGUCGCAGUCAACCACCGACAAAUCUUACGAUUGGUACCCAGACAAAGUGGGUACCCAAAACCAUCAGAAUAGGAAAUUUUAUAAGCAACAAUAUAAUUGUUUACGUCUGUAAUUUUUUUUUAAUCAAGAGAAGAAACGCAAACCGCUUUUUGAUUUGUAAAAAUGUAUCACAUUGUUCAAAAAUAAACUAAUGUUAAAAAACA